AUGUCUGGAGAUAGUUUAGCCAUCUUUCGCAAAGGCUUGGGUCCGGAGCUGGGAGCUCUGGCGGAACAACACAUGCAACACGAUCUGCGACAAUCCGACCGAGAUGCACUGCAAAACGCAGCCAGUACUGUGUCGAUGCACACUGGCAUAGGUUCGAUCGUCGGUGUUGGAUUGGGGGUCCUCCUUGCCUUCCGUCUUCGAAGAGGCCGCCGACAAAUGUUCCAAGCCUUCCGAACUGUGGAGAAGCCUCAAGCCGUACGAUUCGCAGAUGGGCGUGAGGAAGCUCUGCCUGACUUGAGCGGACUACUUCGACCUUCAAAAUUGGGCGACUUCGCGACCUAUACGUUGUUGGGACUGGGUGGAGUAUUUCUUGGAGGUGAGACGGGGCUCUUGACUGGAAGCUUUAGAGCAAGGCAGCAGAUUGCUGUGGAUCGGGAAAGCAGAGAACGGAUUCAGCAUGCAUUUCAGAGGUUUCAGGCCGAUGCAUUGAGGAAGCAGGCUGAUGCGCUGGAUAAACAGGCCGGCAGUGCUUGGAUAUAA